AGCCAGCCACCCGCAAUUACGCGGAUCCUGGGCCUUGGUGAAGGUUGUGCGCGUCGCUAUUGAGCGCAUUAACUUAAUUUGAACAGCAAUGGCGGAUGAUGCGUCCGAAGAAGAUCCUUUGUCGUAUUCGCCACAUUUCCGGGGCAAGGUUUACAACCUGCCAGGACGCUGGGCAACGGAGGAUCGCAUGUUCGAGGACGCCCACGGACGAACCACCACCAUUCACACUGGGCUCAUGCGGCCAGCAGGCAGCGUGGGUCUCAACGGCUGGGCUAACGCGACAGGCUCCUGCAGCAGGCAUGCAACCUACCCUGGCUCUGUCCACCGGCCCCCUUCAGGCACUGGCGGUGUGAUGCGCCACAGCAACUACCGGACACCGGGCUUAACUACCACAAGUCACGAAGCCGAGAGCGCUUUCCCCAAGAUGCUGUUCCGAGUUUUUCGUAUGGCGGCUGGGUUGGUUGGGUCCUUGAGGACGGUGCCCUUGCUGUGGGCUGAUGGGUAUCGGAACUGGAGGGUCCAUCUCAGACUCCUGGAACUGUCGGUGAUGUUUAAUGUGUUACCGAGCCUCAUUCGGCAGGGGUGCUUGGACGCCCAGCGGACUGCUCCGGGCCCCCUGUGGAGGCUCUUUGUGGAGGCAGGGCUGUCUCCGCGCUUUGGAACACACUCACUGCACUCUGAAGGUGUGACCGCUGCCGUUAACAACCGUGCGGAUUGCAGCUUGGUGCAGCAGCUGGGUGCUGGAAGAGUGCGGAGGUUUCGAGAGCAUAAUGGUGAAGACAGCACCGCGGCUGGGGCAUGGGUCGGUAUCGUACUAAUUGUCCUUUAUUAUGGGUUUAAGUUUGGAGUACCCGUAUCGGGCAACCCCGGGGGUUGCCACAAUGCAGCGGUCCCUGGUUUGUCCUUGCUGGUUUCGGGUGGGUCGCCCGCGUGGCUCUUGUCGGGGCGCUUGAGGUUGCAGAUUCGUUAACGGUGCAACACAGGUAACUGUCAUUACUAUCGGCCACUAAUGCAACUUUCACAAUGGGUUGGUGUUGGGAGGGGGUUUCGCAACGGGUUGCUUUGCUACGGAGUUGUGCUUGCGGUUGGCGGCUUAGCUACUGUAACGCACCACGGCAGG